AUGAACAUCGAAUUCUGCACACUCACAUGGCGCCUGGGUGGCAUCACGUUUUAUUUAACUGCAGAGACAAGACUUAAUUUCCAAGAGCCAAACUUUCAAGUGUUGCGAGUAGGACCGGCCAGCAGGCCUCAAGUUUUCUCAGUAGUGACAAAGGGGAGUGAUAAAGAUAUUCGUGAGGAAUAUGUGAAUAUUCUCACUGGAGUUGGAAAGCUAAAGGACUAUCAGCUUAAGAUUCACGUUAAGAAGGACGUUACACCAAUAGCCCAGCAAGUGCGGAGACUUCCUUUCGGUCUCAGAGACAGAGUUGAUCAGAAACUCGAUGAUCUGCUCGACAAGGACAUCAUUGAAGAAGUACCAAACACCCCCACCGCGUGUGUGUCACCCUUGGUUGUAGCUCCUAAGCAAGAUGGGGACACAAGGGUAUGUGUCGACUUGAGCCGAGCAAACGAGGCAAUCAUACGGGAACGACACCCCCUCCCUACGAUUGAAGAAUUCCUAUACGAUUUCAAUGGGUCAACAGUUUUCAGCAAGCUGGACCUCCGAUGGGGACUCCACCAAAUCGAGCUGGACGAGGAGUCACGGGAAAAUACGACGUUCGUGACUCAUCGAGGCUUAUACCGUUACAAACGGCUGAUGUUCGGAAUCUCUUCAGCACCGAAGAAGUACCAGAAGAUCAUAUCAGAUGUUCUACAAGGCUGCAACGGCGUUGCAAACAUUGCAAAUGACCUCAUCGUUCAUGGGAUAAAUCUGGAAGAUCAUGACACGAACUUGCAUGCAGUUUUAAAGCGGUUGCGUGAGAAGGGGUUGACCUCAAAUGGAGAGAAAUGCCGGUUCAGACUUCCGGAGUUGACUUUUUUUUGGGCAUGA